AUCUAGAGGCUAGAGGCUCUUUUCUGCAGUGUAUAUAAUGCAAGUCUGCAGCCAGCAGAGCUCACAGUUGUUGCAAACUGCUCAGCACUAAGGGAGCCAGCCCACGGCACAGCCAGGAAGGCGAGCGAGCUCAGCCAGCCGAGCCAGCCCAGAGGUCAUUGGAUUGCCCGCCCUCAGAACGAUGGAUCUGCAUGUCUUCGACUACUCGGAGCCAGGGAACUUCUCGGACAUCAGCUGGCCAUGCAACAGCAGCGACUGCAUCGUGGUGGACACGGUGAUGUGCCCCAACAUGCCCAACAAAAGUGUCCUGCUCUACACGCUCGCCUUCAUUUACAUUUUCAUCUUCGUCAUCGGCAUGAUUGCCAACUCCGUGGUGGUCUGGGUGAACAUCCAGGCCAAGACCACAGGCUACGACACGCACUGCUACAUCCUGAACCUGGCCAUCGCUGACCUGUGGGUUGUCCUCACCAUCCCAGUCUGGGUGGUCAGCCUCGUGCAGCACAACCAGUGGCCCAUGGGGGAGCUCACGUGCAAGGUCACACACCUCAUCUUCUCCAUCAACCUCUUCGGCAGCAUCUUCUUCCUCACGUGCAUGAGUGUGGACCGCUACCUCUCCAUCACCUACUUCACCAACACCUCCAGCAGCAGGAAGAAGAUGGUACGCCGUGUCGUCUGCGUCCUGGUGUGGCUGCUGGCCUUCUGCGUGUCUCUGCCAGACACCUACUACCUGAAGACCGUCACGUCUGCGUCCAACAAUGAAACCUACUGCCGGUCCUUCUACCCUGAGCACAGCAUCAAGGAGUGGCUGAUCGGCAUGGAGCUGGUCUCUGUGGUCUUGGGCUUCGCCAUUCCCUUUUCCGUCAUCGCCGUCUUCUACUUCCUGCUGGCCAGAGCCAUCUCGGCGUCAGGUGACCAGGAGAAGCACAGCAGCCGGAAGAUCAUCUUCUCCUACGUGGUGGUCUUCCUCGUCUGCUGGCUGCCCUACCACGUGGCGGUGCUGCUGGACAUCUUCUCGAUCCUGCACUACAUCCCUUUCACCUGCCGGCUGGAGCACGCCCUCUUCACAGCCCUGCACGUCACACAGUGCCUGUCGCUGGUGCACUGCUGCGUUAACCCUGUCCUCUACAGCUUCAUCAAUCGCAACUACAGGUACGAGCUGAUGAAGGCCUUCAUCUUCAAAUACUCGGCCAAAACAGGGCUCACCAAGCUCAUCGAUGCCUCCAGAGUCUCAGAAACGGAGUACUCUGCCUUGGAGCAGAGCACCAAAUGAUCCGCCCUGGAGAGGCUCUGCGACGGGGUUGCUUGUUUUUGAACAGGGUGAUGGGCCCUGUGGUGUUCUAGAGCAAAGCAAAGUAGCUUCGGGUCUUGAUGCUUGAGUAGUGUGAAGAGGGCAGCACGUGCCCCCUGCAUCCAUUCUCUCUUUCUCUUGACGACGCAGCUGUCGUGUGGCUGUACGUGCCGACAGUUUUGCAACAGGCAGAGGUGUGUCGUGCAGCAGUGCUGUGCAUCAGAGCCAGCUGAGGACAGGCUUGCCUGGACUUCUGUAAGAUAGGAUUUUCUGUGUUUCCCGAAUUUUUUAUAUGGUGAUUUGUAUUUAAAUCUUAAGACUUUAUUUUCUCACUAUUGGUGUACCUUAUAAAUGUAUUUGAAAGUUAAAUAUAUUUUAAAUAUUGUUUGGGAGGCAUAGUGCUGACAUAUAUUCAGAGUGUUGUAGUUUUAAGGUUAGCUUGACUUCAGUUUUGACUAAGGAUGACACUAAUUGUUAGCUGUUUUGAAAUUAUAUAUAUAUAUAUAUAAAUAUAUAUAAAUAUAUAAAUAUAUGCCAGUCUUGGCUGAAAUGUUUUAUUUACCAUAGUUUUAUAUCUGUGUGGUGUUUUGUACCGGCACGGGAUAUGGAACGAAAACUGCUCUGUAAUGCAGUUUGUGACGUUAAUAGUAUUGUAAAGUUACAUUUAAAAAAAACAAAAAACUGUUCCGGACUGCAAAUCUGCGCACACAACGAACAGUCGCAUUUCAGAGAGUUCUCUCAAUUUGUAAGUUAUUUUUUUUAAUAAAGAUUUUUGUUUCCUAAAAACGCA